AUGAACGUACAUUGCAAGGAUAUCUGGCUGGAUAUUGCCAAAACAUUGCAUGGAUUUCCGUUAAAUCCUGGCGAUAUCCUUUUAAAAAUCCUGGCAAUAUCCUUGAAGGAUAUCGCCAGAAAAUUCAGGAUAUUCCUGCAAUAUCCUGCCGUGGAUAUUUGGCGUGAUGUGCAGUGU